AUGACAGAGUUUUGGAAGGAGCACUCCAAGCUGGCCACAGUGGAGGAGAUGAUGCUGGAUUCUCGUGCCAGCGAGCUGACUGAGCACGAGCUGCCAGAGAUCCUCUCCAUGCUGCCACCUCUGGACGGAUACAGAGUGCUGGAGCUGGGAGCUGGGAUUGGCCGUUACACCAGACACCUGCUGACCAAGGCUGCCCACGUGACAGCAGUGGACUUUAUGGAGAGCUUUGUGGAGAAGAACAGGCAAAACAACGGUCACCAUGGUAACGCUACCUUCAUCCAAGCCGAUGUCACAAAGCUGGACGUCCCCCAACACAGCAUCGACUUCAUCUUCUCCAACUGGCUGCUGAUGUACCUGAGUGACCAGGAGUUAAAGACCUGCAUGGAGAAAAUGCUAAACUGGCUGCAGCCUGGCGGCUUUCUCUUUUUCAGAGAGUCUUGUAACCAUCGGUCAGGUGACAGCAAGAGGGACUUUAACCCCACUUACUACCGCAGUGAGGCCCAGUACAGUCACACGGCAUCUUCAGUGCAAGUGGAGGGCCCGGACGGAGGACAAAAGUUUGGUUUUGAAACUGUGAUGAGAAAGAAAGUCCAGACCUAUGUUGAGAUGAAAAACAAUCCAAAUCAGAUCUGUUGGCUGCUGCAGAAGGUCCCCCGCUGCUCCAGUGCCCAGACGGGAUUCACCACCUUCCAGCAGUUCCUGGACAACCAGCAGUACACCAGACGAGGCAUCCUGCGCUACGAGAAGAUGUUCGGGGCUGGUUACGUCAGCACGGGCGGCCCCGGCACCACCAGGGUGUUUGUGGAUUUGCUGAACUUAAAGCCGGGGCAGAAGGUUCUGGAUGUUGGUUGUGGUAUCGGGGGAGGAGACUUCUACAUGGCAAAGACAUUUGGAGUGGAGGUGCUCGGCCUGGAUCUGUCCGACAACAUGGUGGAAAUUGCCAUGGAGAGGGCAGCAACCGAAAAACUCCCAUCAGUGCAGUUUGAGGUGGCUGAUGCCACCAAAAGGACAUUUCCUGAUGGUUCAUUUGAUGUGAUCUACAGCAGAGACACAAUCCUGCACAUAGAUGACAAACUGUCUCUCUUUAAACGCUUCCAUUCAUGGUUAAAGCCAGGAGGCCAGCUUCUUAUCAGUGACUACUGCUGUGGGAAGAAGCCCUGGACGCCAACGUUUGAGGCCUAUGUGAAACAGAGAGGCUACGUCCUCUAUACACCCUCUGAAUACGGCAAGUUUAUUCAGGAGGCUGGUUUCUCUAAUGUUCGGGCUGAGGAUCGGACAGCCCAGUUCAUCCAAGUCAUUCAGACUGAGCUGCAGAGAGCAGAGGCCAUCAAGGAGGAAUUCAUCCAGGAAUUCUCUGAGGAGGAUUAUUUAGCGAUAGUUAAUGGAUGGAAAGAGAAACUGGAACGUUCCAACAGUGGAGACCAACGAUGGGGACUGUUUCAUGCCACAAGGAAUUGA